AUGUAUCUCCCGGGCCACCAUACCUCCGUGUUCACGUUCCAGUCUGCGGUUCACAGCUCCCACGUCCUGAAGCGUCUCAACGACCAGAGACUGGGGGAUGUGUUGUGUGAUGUUACACUGGUGGCAGGCAGCAGGAUGUUCAGGGCCCACUGCUCUGUACUGGCCUCCUGUAGUGACUACUUCUACAGCAGGAUAAUCAACCACACCAGCCCCAGCUUGGUGCUCACUCUGCCUGACCAGGUCAGGAUCAUACACUAUACUGUGGUGGAGUCUCAAAUGGUACCUUAUAACAAGUGCCUUCGGAAAGUAUUCAGACCCCCUUGACUUUUUCCACAUUUUGUUUACGUUACAGCCUUAUUCUAAAAUUGAUUAAAUCGUUUUUUUUAGCCUCAUCAAUCUACCGACUAUACCCCAUAAUGACAAAGCAAAAAUAAGUGUUUUGAAUUUUUUGCGAAAAUAAAAAAAUUGUAAUAUUCAGACCCUUUACUCAGUACUUUGUUGAAGCACCUUUGGCAGCGAUUACAGCCUUGAGUCCUCUUGGUAUGACACUACAAGCUUGGCACACCUGUAUUUGGGGAGUUUCUCCCAUUCUUCUCUGCAGAUCCUCUCAAGCUCUGUCAGGUUGGAUGGGGAGCAUUGAUGCACAGCUAUUUUCAGGUCUCUCCAGAGAUGUUCGAUCGGGUUCAAGCUUGGCUUUGGCUGGGCCACUCAAGGACAUUCAGAGACUUGUCCCGAAGCCACUCCUGCGUAGUCUUGGCUGUGUGCUUACGGUUGUUGUCCUGUUAGAAGGUGAACCUUCGCCCCAGUCUGAGGUCCUGAGCGCUCUGGAGCAGGUUUUCAUCAAGGAUCUCUCUGUACUUUGCUCCGUUCAUCUUUCCCUCGAUCCUGACUAGUCUCCUAGUCCCUGCCGCUGAAAAACAUCCCCACAGCAUGAUGCUGCUACCACCAUGCUUCACCAUUGGGAUGGUGCCAGGUUUCCUCCAGACGUGACGCUUGGCAUUCAGGCCAAAGAGUUAAAUCUUGGUUUCAUCAGACCAGAGAAUCUUGUUUCUCAUGGUCUGAGAGUCCUUUAGGUGCCUUUUGGAAAACUCCAAGUGGGCUGUCGUGCCUUUUACUGAGGAGUGGCUUCUGUCUGGCCACUCUACCAUAAAGGCCUGAUUGGUGGAGUGCUGCAGAGAUGGUUGUCCUUCUGGAAGGUUCUCCCAUCUCCACAGAGGAAUUCUAGAGCUCUGUCAGAGUGACCAUUGGGUUCUUGGUAACCUUCCUGACCAAGGCCCUUCUCCCCUGAUUGCUUAGUUUAACCGGGCGGCCAGCUCUAGGAAGAGUCUUGGUGGUUCCAAACUUCUUCCAUUUAAGAAUGAUGGAGGCCACUGUGUUCUUGGGGACCUUCAGUGCUGCAGAAAGUUUUUGGUACCCUUCCUCAAAUCUGUGCCUCGACACAAUCCUGUCUCGGAGCUCUACAGACAUCUAUCGACCUCAUAGCUUGGUUUUUGCUCUGACAUGCACUGUCAACUGUGGGAGCUUAUAUAGACAGGUGUGUGCCUUUCCAAAUCAUGUCCAAUCAAUUGAAUUUACCACAGGUGGCCUCCAAUCAAGUUGUAGAAACAUCUUAAUCAUGAUCAAUGGAAACACGAUGCACCCAAGCUCAAUUUCGAGUCUCAUAGCAAAGGGUCUGAGUACUUAUGUAAACAAGGUAUUUCUGUUUAUUUAUUUUUUGCAAAGAAAUUCUAAAAACCUGUUUUCGCUUUAGCGAUAAUUUGAAACUUGUCUGCCGAGUUGGGCCUUUGGAGAGUGUUCAGAGUCAUUCAGGUUGAGCUGCAGUGCUCAGCAAGCUGGAGCGAAGGACACACUGUGCCCAGUGUUGUGUUGCCGGCUUGCAGCUCAAACUCUCCCCAUUGAGCAAUAGAGUGUAUCACGGUGACAUCCUGAUGGUUACUACCAAUACUCCAAGUUAUUUCUGGUGCUACUGUAAAUAUAAUUAAGUGGGAUGGAACAAAUUGGCCACGUACAGUGGGCUCCAGAAGUACCGGGACAGAUUCAGCUUCAUACUCCAGCACUUUGGAUUUGAAUUGAUAUAAUGACUGAGGUAAAAGUGCAGACUCUCAGCUUUAAUUUGAGGGUAUUUUCAUCCAUAUCAGGUGAAGCGUUUACAAAUUACAGCACUUUUUGUACAUAGUCCCCCCCAUUUUUAGGGGACCAAAAUUAUUGGGACAAAUUCACUUGUGUGUAUUUUAAAGUAGUCGAAAGUUUAGCAUUGGGUCCCAUAUUUCUAGCACACAAUGAUUACAUCAAGCUUGUGACUACAAACUUGUUUGGUUGCAUUUGCUUUUUGUUUUGGUUGUGUUUCAGAAUUUUGUGCCAAAUAGAAAUGAAUGGUAAAUAAUGUAUUGUUAUUUUGGAGUCACUUUAAUUCUAAAUAAGAAUAGAAUGUUUCUAAACUCUUCUACAUUAAUGUGGAUGUUACCACGGUUACAGAUAGUCCAUAAUGAAUCGUGACUAAUGAUUAGGGAGAAAGUUACAGACACAAAUAUCAUACCCGUCAAGACAUGCUAACCUCUCACCAUUACAAUAACAGGGGAGGUUAGCAUUUUUUUUGGGGGGGGGGGGGGUAUGAUAUUUAUGCCUCUUGAUUGGUGCGUCUUUCUGUGGGCACGCAUCUCGGGAAAAUAAAUUAUAUUUUAUUUGGACAGGCAAGAAAGUACGGUAGGGUGGGCCAGGCCCCCCUGAUGCCGGCCCCGUAGGGCUCUACUCAGAAGCAUGUAUUCCCCUCUCCAGGUAACAGCAGAGGGUUUUGAACCGUUGCUCCAGUUCUCCUACACCGCCAAGCUGCUCUUUACCAAAGACAACAUCCUGGCCAUCCACAGGUGUGCCAGGCUCCUGGGGUUCCACAACCUGGAGACUAGCUGCUUCGACUUCCUUCUGCCAAAGUUCCUGGAGGGUAGCAGCAGGACCACAGCCCAGGAGGGAGGAAGAGGAGGCUGCUGUCAGGGCAGGUCCCAGAUCAGCUCCUCCAACCAAGGCAAAUCACCUAGUGGCAGGUCCCCCAACCAGGGCAGGUCCCAGAUCAGGUCCUCCAACCAGGCCCAGGGCAGGACCCAGAUCAGGUCCCCCAACCAAGGCAAAUCACCUAGUGGCAGGUCCCCCAACCAGGGCAGGUCCCAGAUGAGGUCCCCCAACCAGAGGAGGUCCCCUAGUGGUGGCUCAGCCCACAGUAGAAACAGAAAGCGAGACGGAGACGGCCAGUCCCCCAGUGUCGAUUCAGCCCACUGUACAGGCUGUCAGUCCCAGAGCAGGACCCCCAACCAAGGCAUGUCACCCAGCCAGGCCAGGUUGCCUAGUGGCAGGACCCCCAGUCAGGGCAGGUUGCCUAGUGUCAGUUUAGCCCACAAUACAGACAGACACACAGACAGAGACCGAGAGCAGCAGGUUGGACCUCGACAGCAGAACACAGGCCCAGGCCAGACAACAGGAAGUGAUGUCAGGAACAUAGGAGGUGACAUCAGGCCUCAGUGUUCAGCUGCCAACCCCAGUGGAACAAUAUCACCACCGUCACACCAGAGCUUAACAGUGCCUUCAGACGGAAACGUACAAAUAGACUUCCAGUCGUCAUCCCAAUGUCCAAAUACCCUGGCCUUGCUAGUCAACCCGGUCAGUGGUGGUCGGGAGCAGUUCUGCAUGUCACCCUUAUCCCUCGGGGGACUGACGUCCUCCAGCGGUCUUGGUGUCCGUCCCAUCCUGGCCUUGCCGUGUCCUGGUGGCGUUGACGGUAAACCAGACCCUGACGCCGUGUUCGGUAAUGGAGACAUCCUAGGGAUGGAGGCAGCGGCGUGUCCGAUGGCGAUGGGUCAGGGUGAGGGGUGUCCGAGAGGGUGCCCGCUCUCCUGCGAGCUGCCGUCCCCUGACGACGUGAGCCCAUCAGACCUUAUGGAGGCAGCGGACGGAGAGAUGGAUGGUGACCAGUCUGUCGUCGGGAGUCUGAUGGCUGAAGAAGCUGGGUGUAGCCCAGGUUCCUGUGGCACGUGCCCACUGAGAGGCUCGGUGGAGGUAGAGGAGGCCGAGCAACAGCAACCUGCGUUGGAUCUCCUGGCAAGACGCAAAAGCCCCAGCUCAGAAAAGAGUGGCGAGGAGAGCCAUGGUGGAUGCCCUAUGCUCCCAAGGUCACCAGGAUUAGGUCAAGUAGGUCAGCUACCUGUGUUAGAGCGGAGAGAAGACCCUGGUUUGGAUGGGGGCGUGGCUGUUGGGGGUCAUCUCUCUGACUCCGCCCUCACUGAUCCCACCCUCUGUGGUCUUACCGCUGAUGAUGCGGGGUACGGACUCGGAGAGCGGAGCAGCGUGGAGAGGGAGGUGGCUGAACAUCUGGCCAAGGGUUUCUGGCCUGACUUGUGCCCUUCACAGACUGAACCUCUCCCUAGUCUCCCUAAUCUGGACAUCAUGGAGCACGGAGGUCUGGGGAGAGUUCCUAAUCUGGACACCAUGGAGCACGGAGGUCUGGGGAGAGUUCCUAAUCUGGACACCAUGGACCACAGUGGUCUUGGGACGGCUGCAGACUUCCACUGGCAGCUAGACCUGAACUCAAAUCCAGGGGACUGUCCCUUCCUUAGAGACCUGGGGACAGGAGAGGCAGGGGGGAUAGAAGAGGUGGGGGAGGUAGGAGAGACAGGUGGGGUGGGGGAGACCGGAGAGGUAGGAGAGACAGGUGGGGUGGGGGAGACCGGGGAGGUAGGAGAGACAGGGGAGGCCCAGACACCCGGUGGGAACGACAGCCUGUCCCAGUCAGAGAAAAGUCCCUACAUGUCAUCUGUUAACUCAGGAGAGGACUCAGACGGAGACCUGGACACGGACGGAGACACGGAGAGAGAGGCCAACAACAGGAGAGCACAAGAGGUCAGAGUUCUUACUGGAAGGUCACAGUGUAUGUGUAUGAAGGUGUGUUGAGUCCCAAAUAGCGCCCUAUAAAGUGUACUACUUUUGACCAGAGGCCAUCUCUGUCUGUUCAUCCAUCCCUGUGUGCGCUUCCAGGUUUGUCUGCCCUUCCCGGUGGUUCAGAUCUCGUCAGUGAGUCGUAGUGCCUUCCAGCAGCUCCUCAGGUGCCAGCAGCUGACUCCGGAACAGCUGGAGUUUGUCCACGACGUCCGACGGCGCAGCAAGAACCGCGUGGCCGCACAGCGCUGUCGCAAGAGGAAGCUAGAAGGCAUCCAUAAACUACAGACUGAGAUCGGGACACUGGUACGUCUGUGUUUGCCAUCAUCUCUCUUGCAGAGUUGGGUCUAUUCCAUUUAAAUUCCAGUCCAUACAGAAAGUAAACCAAAUUCCAAUUCCACAUUUUCCUAAUUGAAAAGAAUUGGAAUUUCAGUGUACUUCCUAUAUUGAAUGGAAAUUAAAUUAAAUUGAAUAAUCUCCUAAUAUGGCAUUAUAGUCUGAUUUUAUAAUCUGGUAGUUUGAUUUAAUUGUAAACAUUUCAACAAUACAUGUUAUAAGUAGCGAAUUAUUCAACUAAGCAACGCAUAAAUAAUUGAUCUCUUAUGUAACUAAUUACACAAUGACAUUCAUAGCUGAGCUGUGUUUUAUUGGUCCAGUGGGUUGUAAUGUAACAUCCUGUUCUGCCCCACAGAGAGGAGAGAAGAACAGGUUGCUGGAGGAGCGUGGCCAGCUGCAGAGGAACGUGGAGGAGACGUUACAGAGUCUGACAGGGCUGUGUCAGAGCGUCUGCAACGAGGCAGGGGUCUGUCGUGAGCAGGACCAGCUACAGCUCCUAGCCAAGCUCCAGUCUCCUGACGUCCCUAUCUCAGCACUCCUCAACACUCUGGCCUCCCCCUCUCCUCCCCCGGCCUCCCCCUGGGACUGGAGCCGGAGAGCUUAG